UAUAUCAAUAUUUAUAUGCUCUUCUCUUCGUCUUUGUCAAACUGUGUGUCACUCACAUUCACAGUGUUCCCUUUCGUUUUCUUUCAACUCUCACCUUUCUUUCUUUCUUUCUUAGCUAUGUCUUCUCCUUCAUUCCUCUUCUUCCUUUCUCUGUUCGCCAUCGUUCUCUGCUUCUCUGAAGCCCAAUCCUUCAUCGGCGUCAACUACGGCCAAGUCGCCGACAACCUUCCACCGCCAAAGUCCACCGUCAACCUCCUCCGAUCCACCUCCAUCGGAAAAAUCCGCCUCUACGGCGCCGAUCCCGAGAUCAUCAAGGCCCUCGCCAAUUCCGGAAUCGGAAUCAUCAUCGGCGCCGCCAACGGCGACAUUCCAAAUCUCGCCGCCGAUCCCAACGCCGCAGUUCAGUGGGUAAACUCCAACGUCUUACCCUACUACCCCGCCAGCAACAUCACUCUCAUCACCGUCGGCAACGAGGUACUCACCUCCGGCGACCCCAACCUCGCCUCGCAGCUGGUCCCGGCGAUUCGGAAUGUGCAGAGCGCGCUCACCUCCGCCUCCCUCGGCGGCAAGAUUAAGGUCUCGACGGUGCAGUCCAUGGCGGUGUUGUCUCAGUCGGAUCCACCGUCUUCCGGGUCGUUCAACGCGGCGUUCCAAGACAAUCUGAAACAGUUGCUGCAGUUUCUGAAGGAUAACCAUUCUCCUUUCACGAUCAACCCGUACCCGUUCUUCGCGUACCAGUCCGACCCGAGACCCGAAACGCUUGCAUUCUGUCUCUUUCAGCCAAAUAAGGGUCGGGUCGAUUCGGGUAACGGAAAACUUUACACGAACAUGUUCGAUGCUCAGGUUGAUGCUGUGUAUUCUGCAUUGAGUUCUCUGGGCUUCCAGGGCAUUGAGAUUGUGGUUGCUGAGACAGGAUGGCCCUCUCGCGGCGACAGCAAUGAAGUAGGACCAAGUGUUGACAAUGCUAAGGCCUACAAUGGCAACCUUAUUACUCAUCUUAGAUCAUUGGUUGGGACCCCAUUGAUGCCUGGGAAGUCUGUGGACACUUACAUUUUCGCAAUCUAUGAUGAGGACUUAAAACCUGGCAAAGGAUCUGAACGGGCUUUUGGGCUUUUCAAAACUGAUCUUACCAUGUCAUAUGAUGUUGGUUUAUUCAAGUCUGGCCAGCAGACUCCAACAACACCAGUUACUCCGGCACCUAGUGCUGGAGCUUCAUGGUGUGUCGCGAAACAAGGAGUCUCUGAUGCUCAGUUGCAGGCCAAUCUUGACUAUGUCUGUAGCCAAAGCAACAUAGACUGUGGGCCAAUACAAUCAGGAGGUGCUUGUUUUGAACCUGACACAGUAGCAUCCCAUGCUUCCUUUGCUAUGAAUCUCUACUACCAAACCUCAGGCAGAAACUCAUGGAACUGUGAUUUCUCUCAAACAGGAAUGCUGGUGUCACAAAAUCCAAGUUACAAUGCUUGCAUAUAUUCUGCUGGUGGGAGCAACUGAAAAGCAGAGGCUUCAGCUUGACAUAAGUUAAUACAUUUUGUCGAUAGGAUUAGUAUUUAGAAUUAAAUUAAUGAAUAAGGGUUUAUUUUUGGCCCAAUUUCAUUUCAUAAAGCUUCAAUUGUAAAGGCAUAUGCUGGUUCUGGUUUGUGCAAAAUCUCACUUUUUAGUGUGGCAAUCAACAACUUUUGUUUCCUUUA